UCGUGUUCAGACUUAAAUUCAGCUGGUUUCAAGAUGCUUUAAUUAUUUUCUGCAUUACUGUCAUAUUAAAAUGGGCGUAGGAGAGUUCAGUUACAGGAUUUCUAUCUCAACUCUAAUAGUCGUCUUUCCGCUCCUUUUCGUCUUCAGGCUUGCUCAAGGUCAGUCACACGUGGUUGGAUCCCUUCAGCCUGUUGUAGCAGCUCCAGGUGAUGAUGUCAUCCUGCCCUGUCAAGUGGAACCAGCAUUUAAUGUGGCAGGGCUGACGGUGGAGUGGUCAAAGCCGGACCUCCGUCCUGACCCCAACGACCGUCUGAGUCGAGUGGAAUAUGUUCAUCUUUACAGAGACGCCCACGAGGUCCCCGACAUGAAGCUGCCAUCGUACAUCGGGAGGACGGCGUUGUUCACAGACGGCCUGAAAGAAGGAAACAUCUCACUAAGAAUCACUAAUGUGACACUAGAAGAUGAAGGAAGAUACAGAUGUUUCAUCCCAAAGUUAAAGAGUCAAACAAGGUUUUCAAUUAUUCGUCUGAUUGUUGACCCAAGUUUAACUGAAACUGGGACAACAGAGACACCACUGGAUCCUGAAAAUUUCCAUGUUCCUGAUUUAAAUGAAGAGAUAGAUAAUAAAGGUGGUUCGUCCGAGCGGUGCCGACUGAUUCCAGUUGUGGUUUUCUGUGUGUUUAUUCUUCUGUGCUUCACAGUCGGAGGAUGUUUGAUCACAGAGUCACUGUCUCAAAAAGCAGAACUCAAGAAACUUCCACUCUAAUUGCUUUGUGCAAGGGCGCAUUGGAAAUGUUAACAGAGAAGAGUGCUGCCUACGUACCUGCGGAUGUUUCAUAUGUGUUUGAAGAUUUGAAGCAUUAACUCUUCCAGCCUCUUCUGGACACAGUGGAUGUGUCCCAUAAUCUGUUUGGACCCAAAUGAACUCCUGUAAAUGAUGACCGUGCCUUCAGUGAUUGAAACAGGAUCCAUCAUCUGAGCCAAAGUUGAACUCUGGCUUCAGAGUGUACGGUUACUUUAAAUCUGUUGAAGUGAUGUGUUGCAGCACUUUGUGUUUUACAUGUCGACACUAUAGCUGAAUUUGUUUUUGUGACUUUUAUGUCAAAGUUAUUUUGCUCACAAGGAAAGAUUUAGCUCUUUUCACAUAACUUUGCACUACAUAUAACGUGACUUCAAUAUUUUGCAUAUAUACACACUUGCAGGAUAUAUGAAAAACUGAGGAUUUGUGGGAACUGAGGGGAGUUUUGUGUUUGUGUUUUUUUAAAGAGUCAAAUCCAGCAGUGAUGUAUUGAGACAGCCUGGAGCUGUAGGUGCUUUUUCAUCUCUUAGUUUUCUAAUAAUGACACAUUGUUUAUGGGACAAUUUUCUGUAUCAGUUUUAGGAUUUCAGUAUUUGGAUGUCAUUUUAGAGGUAUGUUUCCUUUAUAAGGAAGAACUUUUCCAUCCUCUGAACUUUAAAGUGCUUUUCAGUUACUUAACACUGACAAUUAACAGGCUUUUGAGCCACGCAGCUAUAUUUAUGGAGAAAAGAGCCAAUAUCAUCAAAGUUAAAUAUUAAUUGUUGUGUUUAUUUGAGCUUCAUCAUAUUUAAAUUCUUAAAAAGUUGGUCUUUUUUUAAAAGAUUGUUCUGAUUUUUGAAGUUUGAAACUCUUGUCACUCCUGCACUUUCAAAUGAAUUUAUGUGAUAUUUGAAACAGUGUUUAUUCGGUUUCAUGCAACAAAAAAUAGCCACAUAAAGUGCAUUUCCAAGUGAUUGCAGUGUGUUUGCGUCAUAUAUUCAGUGAUUAAAAUCUGUUCUGGAGUUCAGCUGUUACAUCACAUGAUAGGCAUCUUAUGUUGUGUUAGCAUCGGGGUAUCAUGGAUGAGUAAUGUGGGUGAGAAUGUGAAGUCAGCACAUUGGUCAUAGCAGUGCUAUGUAUAGCUUAUGACAUCAGUGUUUAUCUAAAAGUGCAACAGAGGCUGCUUUAUGCUUUCUUUUAUGAUGGUACUGAAUUAUAAAGAUAUCACAGAAACUAAUUUAUCAUCUACAAAGAAUUAUACCUUACAUCAUAAUCUGUAGUAGAUUUCUUUUUCAUUGAAACUGUAAGCGUAUCUGUUGGGUGAAAUUUCACAUCCACCAUGCUUCAUCAUAUCCCCUUAUUGUUUUCAUUUCCUUUCUGUGAUUCUGUAAACUUUAUGUUUGCAGCCAAUCCAGACAUAAAUACUAACUUCUUUAUCAGGUUGUAAUGCUUUCUUAUUUUGGCCAAAACUGAAUAAUUUAUAUGUGUAUAUGGAGUUUAGGUGGAUCUAUUUCUCUAAACAUGGGCCGGGGUGUUAUUAAAAGGGUAUAUGUUUAUGUAUGUUUGAUUUACUUCAUGGUUAAAAAAAGAAAUUCACAAAAGUUUUUUGUUUCUUUUUUUUAAACCCCCCCUUUCUCUGGUUCAAUAAACUUCCAAUCUAGGUGCCUUGCUCAAGGGCAGAUUUUAAAUAUUAACAGAAAAAGUGUCUUACCUGCGGAUCUUCCUUAAGUGUUUGAAGAUUUAAAGUAUCAACCCCUUGAGUUUUUUCUAAUCACUUUAGAUAUACAGAAGGAUUGUUUAAUGAUGUCCUGUAAUCUCUGACCAAGUUUUACAUCCAAGUUAUCCAAGCCAAUGUAAUUCUUGAGUUUUCUUGAAGACGUUAGAGAUGUGUCUCAAAACUGGAUUGUAGGUGGCGGACAGUUGGUGUCUAUGUUCAAGGAUGGCCGUUCACAGUAGACAUAGAUGGCCUCUUUCACUCCUCCUUCAAACCAUCUGUCUUCCCUGAUCUUCUUUUCUGUGCAUCUUUGAUGAUUUGAUGAAAGCCCAAUUAGGAUUCCCACAUGAUUUAAGAGUUUUCUUUACAUGUGUGUGUUCCUUUUCUUUCUCAUCUGGCUUAGAGGCAACAUUUUCUGCUCAGUGCUGUAGGGUCCUGAUUACUCCAAGUUUGUGUUCCAGAGGGUGGUGUGUGGGGGCUUCUAGUAAACUUCAAUGUUGAGGUUUCCAUGCUGCUCAAUGUGCAAAGCACAUUUGAAGAAACAGCCAACUGUUAUCCUUUGUAUCUUCCCUGGGGAACUUUAUAUUUCUAUCCACCGAGUUGAUGUGAACAGUAAAGGCUUCUACUUCUUGAGUUUUGAUUGUGGCCCAGGUGGCAUCCACAUACCUGUAACAGCAGCUUGAUGCUGUCCUUUUGAAAAAGGCUUUACUUUCCACUUCCUCCAAGUAAAGGUUGGCUACAAUAGGUGACACGGGGCAGCCCGUGGUAAAAUCAUGGCCUCAUUGUAUUUACAAUUAAUGGUGGUAACACAGAGGUCUAACAGUGUGCAUAUCUGACUGGGGUUAAAGCUGGUUCUGUUUUCUGGGGAGCUGUCUUGCUGUAGUCACUGCUGCUUGAAAUCAGGCCAGUGCAGAAUAAUAUGGAGUUCAGAUGAUAACUUAAAAGACUUACUCCAAAUAUAGGCUCAGGAGGGUUAUUAAAAGGCUAUAUUGGAAUGAAUAAUGCAUUUAAUUCGGAUAUAGUCUCAACACCUCUUCGUUUUUUCUUUUCUUUUUUUUUAAUUCGACAAUACUGCAGAAAAAAUCCUCUUAUGAUCCCACAAACUGAGUUUGUUCAAGCAGAUCCCAAAGUCAAACAGCUACUGAAGACCGAAGCCUGAGCAUACCACUAACCACCCCCAACAAACAAGAGAAAAGCUAAUCGGGGAUCAUUGUUUUCAUUUAAACUGCUUAUUAAUAAAUUUUACUAGAAAUUUGUAGCUGUAUAAUUUUAUUGUUUAUUGUCACAACAAGUCCUGGGUUACACAUAUGCUCUGCAUGAUUCAGCUGGUUUGUGUUUAUGGCAAGU